CCACUUCUCGUCUUCUCAAACAAGCUUCUCCAUGGCUUUCCCUCCAAGAUUUCAUCAUUUUCAUUUCCCUCCUAAAUUCAAAAAAACUCGAAUUCGAAACUUUCAUGGCACAUAUUAUAUUCCUAUAUAAUCCUAUAUCCAUAUUCUCAAAUCUUUACAACAAUUCAUAAUCCUUUCCCACUACCUUUUUUUCUUUUUCUUUUCAAUAAUGGCCUUUUCAUCAUCUGCUAGAAACCCAAUUGACCCGAGAAAUGGAUCGAAGAACAGUUUUCGUCUGGUGGGUGAAAUCCAUGUUAUUGUUGGUCCUAUGUUUGCUGGAAAAACCACUGCUCUUCUUCGCCGGGUCAAUUUGGAAUCCAACGAUGGGAGAAAUGUGGUGAUGAUAAAGUCAAGUAAAGAUACAAGAUAUGCUGUAGAUGCAGUGGUGACACAUGAUGGGACAAAAUUUCCAUGUUGGUCAUUGCCGGAUCUUUCAUCUUUCAAACAGAGAUUUGGAGAAGAUGCAUAUGAAAAGGUGGAUGUGAUUGGCAUUGAUGAAGCUCAGUUCUUUGGGGACCUUUAUGAGUUCUGCUGCAAUGCUGCUGAUCUUGAUGGGAAAACUGUAAUUGUUGCAGGCCUAGAUGGUGAUUACUUGAGGAAGAGUUUUGGUUCAGUGCUUGACAUAAUUCCACUUGCUGAUACUGUGACAAAGUUGACUGCUAGAUGUGAGCUAUGUAACAGAAGGGCGUUUUUCACCUUUAGAAAGACUAAUGAGACAGAAACUGAGCUUAUAGGAGGUGCUGAUAUGUACAUGCCUGUUUGUCGUCAGCACUAUGUUAAUGGACAAUCUGUCAAUGAAUCUGCAAACAUGGUUCUUGAAUCUCAUAAAGUGUCAAGUGACCUUAUUUUAGAAUCUGCACUAGUUGCUCCAUAAUACACUUGUGUUCCAACUCUUUUAUAUUAUCAUGUAUCUUAAUUACCUAAGUAUGUAAGUAAAUGAACUUGUUUUACUGAAUUCUGAUAUAUAUGUAACCUGUCAUCCUAGACAUACACGAAAAUGAUCUUGUUUAAUGUUGAAUGAAUUUUUAGUU